AUGGAAGCUUCGACAGUCGGUAAAAUUGUACACGAGACUUGUAAAAUAAUCUGGGAAGAAUUAGUUGAUGAAUUCAUGCCCGUUCCAAAUCAAGACCAGUUAUUAAAAAUUUCAGAUGAUUUUUACAGGCGUUGGAAAUUUCCUAACUGUAUAGGAUGUAUAGAUGGCAAGCAUUGUCAAAUUAAAUGUCCCAUAAAUAGUGGUUCGAGCUACUUCAAUUAUUUGAAGUAUUUUUCAUUAGUUCUUCAAGGUGUAGCAGAUGCAGACAAAAAAUUUAUAUUUAUUGAAGUGGGUUCUAGAGGUAAGCAGAGUGAUGGAGGGACGUUCGCAGCAUCGACACUUUUUCAACAUAUACAAUCAAAUACGUUUUUACCACCUGAUAAGGAUUUACCCGGAACCACAAUUAAAUUACCUCACGUGCUCAUUGGCGAUGAAGCAUAUCCUUUAAAAACGUUUCUCAUGAGACCAUUUCCAAGUCGCAAUUUGAAUGCCAUUAGAGAAAAUUAUAAUAAACGGUUGUCUGCUGCUAGAAAAUGCAUUGAAUGUGCAUUUGGUAUACUGCGUGCCAAAUGGCGAUUGUUAGGAAAAGAUAUUGAAGUUAGUUCUGACAAAGCUGUACACAUUAUUAAGUGUGCUUGUAUUUUACAUAACGUGGUGCGCGAAAAAGACGGAGAUAGUGAUCUCGAUUAUUGUCAAGAGAUGUUACACAGUCAAACUCAGGAAAACUAA